AUGGACGACAUUCGACGCUUCAUGUAUGGAGGACUCGGACCGCCGACGCUCUUGACGAGCCACAUUGAACGAACGCACCCGGGCGCUUCAUUAUCCGAGAAUGCCAUUGAUUCAUUGUGGAAAUGCUUCUAUUUCUUCGCUCACCAUCCGUUUCCAUGCGAGUCGACCGACAAGACAGCCAACGAGAGCGUUGACGCAGAUGCCUUUCACCGAGCAGUAGCCUUGCUCGCGCACCAAGGUCCUAAGCUGUUGGUAGCACAAGAGGCAGGAUAUUACUUUUGGCGACAUGAUGAGACGUUCUUGCACAGAGCUGAUUGCGCAAGGGUGCUGAGAAGUAUCGGUCAUUUGGAGAGCACCCAGGUUUUGUCCGCUUUCGAGCCACCAAAUCAUUCCCAGUCUGCUUUGGACGAUAUUAUGGAUGUGCUGGCUACGACACAGCCAUAUUCUGUGAAUCUAGCACCGUCACCGACUCACCUGGAAGCGGUUGCCAGGAGGCUUUUGGCUGAGGGUCUCACCAUCACAACAUACCGCCUCAGCCAGACAGAGCUCUCGACCUUUUUAGUCUUACUUCUCCGGCUGGGGGUUUCAAAUGAUAAAUGGGGCCGGAAUUAUUACUUUGGGUCCUUCGCGGACGAGAACCCGGUGGAUGAAGUGUUGGCCAACGCGAUGGCUGCCAGACUCAUCGGCAGUGAUGAGGUAGAUUUUGACAAGGCUUUGGAAAUGAAGAUGGAUGCAUUGGUAAGAAGCCUCUACACAUCCGUCAACUAA